CAUGGCUCAUUAUACCGAAAGUGAUGUAACUUAUUGUUCUGAUGCUGAAAAAGAAGAAACCCAACCAAUCCGUCGUUCCAAACGUCUAUCACAACGCAAUCUCCUACCCAGAUUCCGGUCACACAAAGACCCACCAACUCAACGUCUAUUAGAAAUCUAUCAAAUGCUCAAAUGUGGCAAAUUAUGUUCAGAUUGGCAAAUCAAUGAAUGGCAAGCACAAAGGCUUGAAGUUGAAUUAAUAAAAAAUACAUUAAACGGUAAACAAAAGGGAAGAAUAUCAUUUAUUUUAAAGAAAAUAAACCAAAAUAUUCAAAAUUUAAGUUCCAAACCUUCGAUAAAGUCUGCAGAAACUACUGUCAAUUCAUAUUCAAAUAAUGAACAAGUUAUACAUUCUCCAAACAUUUUAGCUGGAAUGAUGACAGAAGUUUUAACGGAAAUUCCACCUUAUCAGCCACAAAAUCUAUCCAAAAUCACUAAAAAUAUAGUUAAAAACUCUGAGCCGCCAAAAAUAGGACUCACACAGAGAAAUCCACUUGAUUUGACAAAGAAACAUGGAAGACUACUUCCUUCUACUCCAGCUUUGUCAGAAAUAAAUUUGUCCAAAAGACAACAACAACAACAACAACAAUCAGAGAAAGUAACAAGCACACCAAUAAGUUUGGUUCCUUCUCAGCAAAAUGAAAAAGCUAAAUCAUCGAGUUUUAACACUCUGUCUAUUUCUAAAGAUUCAAUGAUUGAUUUGACUGACGAGAAUGUUGUAAACGAAAAUCAAGAAAAUAUCGAACCUGAAGUAAUAGAAACAAAUGCAAGACCAAGAAGCCCAGUUCAUGUGUCCAAAUGGCUUAAGUUUCUGCCAACCCCAGAGAGACCAAAAUUGGUAGUUAAACCUAAGCCCAUACCAGCUACUGUUACUGCUCCCAAUAGAAAUAGAAAAACAUUUAAAGAAAGCAUUGUUAGCUUGUAUAAAGCUCAAUCAGCUCAAUCUAAUGCCUCUACGGGUUUAUCAAGUAAAACUGCGAACCCAUUUGCAAGCGGAGGUUAUUCAAAGAAAUCCAAACAAACUGAAAAGUCAAAACCAUCAUCUUCUCCAUUUAAAUCUCGUUUCAUUAAUGAAAAUGUUAAACAGACCUCAUCACAUCGAAAUACACAAAAUAUCCCACCAAGACGAAAUGAAGAACAACCUCGUAUAACUCCAAGGAAUUUUCAAUCGGAACACUUUUCAAAUAUUUCACCAAAUUUUCUACUUGAUGAUUUAUCCGAUUCAAAUGAUAACCUUAGUUUUAGCUCAUCAUGCAAAGAGGAUUUUAAGAAAAUGUUUGGAACAGAUAAUCUAGAUGAUGUAUUCAAUUGUCGUGAUGAAGCUAUUUAUCAUUUGAAUGAAAAUCAUGUCAAACGAUUAGCAAAGAUAUUGAAUUUAAAUGUUGGAACUCUUAAGAAAACUAUAGACACUAUUAUAUCGAAUGAUAAUUAUGGGAUUUCGGAAGAUGAUAUCCCGAGAAGUGAUUCGUCGGUGGUGGAAUGCAGUCAGAGUCCACCACAACGGCUAUUGCAAAGUCAGAGGUCUCAUAUAUCGAAGUAAUUUGAAGUUCUAAAUUGUUGAGUU